AUGUCCCGGCACAUCUACACCCGACACGGGAUAGGCGAAGGUGUGCAGAAACAGAUGUUUCAGGUGAACAGAGGCACCUACUCUCGGCGCAGUCGACUGAAGAGGUCUGAUGGCAGCACAACAUCGACAAGUUUCAUCCUUCGCCAGGGUUCGGCUGACUCCUACACUAGCAGGCCCUCUGACUCAGAUGUCUCUCUUGAUGAGGAGCAAGGAGGUCAGCAAGAGAAAGAGCAGCAGGCCACCAUCCAGCUGGAAAGGGCAAAGGCCAAAGCGGUGGCUUUUGCCGUGAGGACAAAUGUCACCUACUGUGGUGCUCUAGAUGAGGAUGUCCCUGUCGCUGGCACUGCCAUUUCCUUUGAUGCUAAAGACUUCCUUCACAUAAAGGAGAAGUAUAACAAUGACUGGUGGAUUGGACGACUGGUGAAGGAAGGUAGUGAUAUCGGCUUCAUUCCCAGUCCUGUGAAACUGGAGAACAUUCGCUUACAACAGGAGCAAAAAAGGAGCCGCUUCCAUGGGAAGUCCAGUGGGAACUCCUCCUCCAGUCUAGGUGAUGUGGUGUCAGGCACCUUUAAGCCCAACCCUCCUUCUGCAGGAAAACAGAAACAGAAAGUGGCUGAGCACAUUCCUCCAUAUGACGUGGUCCCCUCCAUGAGGCCGGUGGUCUUAGUUGGCCCAUCACUUAAGGGCUAUGAGGUUACAGAUAUGAUGCAGAAAGCGCUUUUUGACUUCCUGAAACACAGGUUUGAAGGCAGGAUAUCAAUCACAAGAGUAACUGCAGACAUCUCUUUAGCCAAGAGAUCUGUGCUGAAUAACCCCAGUAAGAGAGCCAUCAUCGACAGAUCCAACACCAGAUCCAACUUAGCUGAGGUUCAGAGCGAGAUAGAGCGGAUCUUUGAAUUGGCCAGAUCACUUCAGCUGGUUGUACUGGAUGCAGAUACAAUCAACCAUCCGGCACAGCUCAUCAAGACCUCUUUAGCACCCAUUAUCAUACAUGUCAAAGUGUCUUCUCCAAAGGUAUUGCAGCGGCUAAUCAAAUCACGAGGGAAGUCUCAGAGCAAGCAUUUAAAUGUACAACUGGUCGCAGCAGACAAAUUAGCUCAGUGUCCUCCAGAAAUGUUUGAUGUUAUUUUGGAUGAGAACCAGCUUGAGGAUGCAUGUGAACACCUGGCUGAGUACCUAGAGGCCUACUGGCGUGCAACUCACAUGUCCCUCAGCACUCCUCUCAACCCUCUGCUGGGCCACAACCUGGGCUCCACUGUACUGUCUUCAUAUCCCACAGCCAUCUCUGGACUACAGAGCCAAAGAAAUAAAAACAGCAAUCACAUCACUGACCAUUCUCCAGUGGAAAGGCACAGCUUGAUGACCUCUGAUGAAAACUACCACAACAAAGAACGGCAAAACAAGAGUCACAACCGCCUGUCCUCCUGCUCCCAGCAAAGUCGUGACCACUACCCUCUGGUAGAGGAGGAUUACCAAGAUCCCUAUCAGGAUGCAUACAAACCUCACCGCAACAGAGAAUCCCCUGAGGGCUACAUUAACGACUCACGGCAUAGACUCUGA